GCCCGUUGUCAUUCCGGAUCGGUAUUGUGCCUACAGUACAUAGGCAAUUUGCUGAUCAGCGGCUCGAGCGAUACUACCGUGCGCUUGUGGGACUUAUCAACCGGUCGCUGUCUCAAUGUUGUCUGUCACCACGCUGAAGCAGUGCUUCACCUUCGUUUUCGCAACAACGUCCUGGUGACAUGUUCCAAGGAUCGCAGUAUUGCGGUUUGGGAUAUGGGACCUUGGCCUGCAGACGUUCGACUUCGUCAAGUGCUAGUCGGACAUCGAGCCGCAGUGAAUGUCGUUGAUUUCGAUGACAAAUACAUUGUCUCAGCUAGUGGUGAUCGAACCAUCAAGGUUUGGGCCACAGAUACGUGUGCAUAUGUCCGCACUUUAGCCGGACACCGCCGUGGGAUUGCUUGCCUACAAUAUCGUGAUCGCCUUGUGGUUUCUGGCAGUUCAGAUAACACAAUCCGCAUUUGGGACAUAGAGACCGGAGUGUGUUUCCGUGUACUGGAAGGACACGAAGAACUUGUGCGCUGUAUUCGAUUCGAUUCCAAACGCAUUGUAUCUGGUGCAUAUGAUGGAAAGAUCAAAGUGUGGAAUUUGAAAGCAGCUCUAAAUCCGCGGUCGAAACCAAGUCAGUUAUGCAUCCACACACUUCAACAACACACGGGUCGCGUAUUUCGGUUACAGUUUGACGACUUUCAAAUAGUUUCUUCCUCUCACGACGACACAAUUUUAAUCUGGGACUUUGUUCGACCGGCUUCGGGUAGCGAUGAGCGCGAUGACGGUUUCGAUGAUGGAAUGAACACAGUGUUCGCUUCAUCCGCCACGCGGACGUGCCUACCGGGUUGCUCUCAGACACUGGCAGAGGCAGCCAAUGCGUCAAAAGAGCAAUCAAAUACGGGGGCUUGCGGACCAUCGACUCAAUCAACCAGUACAUCCGAUCGUGCGAAUCUCCCGCUCCCGUCCAAUAGUGAUACCGCAGUUUCAGCGGCAGCAGCAGCAGCAGAUUUGGUCCAUAUCGACAGAAAUGUCGCGACUGAAAUGGAUAGUGAAAUGGCUCCAGAAGCAUCAACUCUGCCCAACGCAUUCCGUUCUCAGCUGUAUGGAUCAAACAGUGAUGCUGAAAGACAUGCAAGUUUCAAUGGUCGUUCUAGUGGUAGUAGGCAAUCACGACGCCUAAGACCCCCCGAGCAGCAAAAUGGGAGCUCAUCUGGUCCACCAUUGCCUUUCAAAAGUCUAUAUUCUUCUCCGUGA